GGAGGCUGGUGCAUCACCAGAGACGUGCUGCCCUGUGCCCCUGGAGAAGCUCCCCUUGGUUCACAGCCUCAGGCUCGUUGAGAGGAGGGUACAGGAUGUGGGCAGACACCUGGAUGCAGUUCUGAUACCGCCGAGUGUGGCGACAGCCGCGAUGAGCCAGUUCUCCUAUUCCGCUAUGGAAUCCACCACCUCUGCCCUCUGGAGUCCCAGCUCCUUUUCCCUGAGAGAAGCCGCCAUCAUUCAGUCGGAGCCCCUCUGCCACACAGGGGAGAUCAUGCCCUUCGCAAGCUGGGAAGCAUCCACUCAUCCCAUCCAAGCCCAGCCUCUCUCCAGGCCUCCUGCCCACAGCAGACGAGACCGGGGAGAGCAGACCACGGGUCUGGACCAGACGUCAGUCCAUAGCUCAGACUUCAACAUCCGGCAGAAGCAUCUGCAGAGGCGACUGGGGGCUCCACAAACCCCCAUCCCGGGGGAGCCAUUGCUGGGUGAGGGGGACACCAAGCAGCAAUUGGAAGUAGACCCAGAUCCGCCCAAAUGUGGAUUUCCAGCAAAGGUCCCGGAGCCCUUCAGAUCCAACACCAGCCCUCAGCGUGCACAGGAGAUCCAGGAGCCAUGUGUCUGCCCCUGGGGAGCCCUGCCGCAAAAGGCCCACAGGAUCAUGGCAUCCCCUGAUGCCAUCCUGGCCAGGCUUGUGCCCACAGCGGUGGUCAAGCUGCAGGAUCACGUGGCUCAGAAAUGCUGGCAGAUCCAAACGAAGGCCUUUCCUAAGAUGGUGCGAGAGUCGCACAGAGAUGCUCCCCUCCGGAGAGAGACUGUCCUGCCUGGGCCACUCCACCCCCCUAGGGAGCCAGGCAAGCACAGGACAGUGGCAUUCCCAGCGAUGGGACAAAAGCCUGACCACCCCAUCGAACUCCACAUAAGGCAUCAGCAUCCGGUCAUGCAGAGGGGGCUGCUCACCCUGGACCCAGAGCCCCCGGCAAAGCUGCCUCACGCCGUCCCAGCCAGGGGAGCCCGUGUGGAGUUCAGUGAGAUGGAGACCGAUUUCCUGCAGACGGGGAGGCGAAGCACAAGCUCCUCUUCUUCCACACGUCCUCCAACGCCAGUGGAAGAUAUCACCAUGGAGACGGGCAGGAAUGAUGGCGCGGCAGGAAAGCAGACUAACCCACAGCGCUGCACUCUGCCAGCAGGGGUGGGUCUGACAUCGCCACCUCCAGGAACCACAGUAGCAGAGAAGACACUCGCAGCGACACUCCAAAUGUAUAGGAGCGAGUUGAGAAAGCCCCUUACCAGUGUGAGCGGCACCAAAGGGACUGAAGAGAAGCUGGAGCUGCACAUGGAGAGGAAGGUUCUCUUGGGAGAAGGCUCCUGCCUGCGGCCAGGGGCACAAGCAGGUGAGAGCAGGGCAGAUCCUCCCAGGACCCAAUGGCACCAGGUUGCCCCAGAGGCACCAGGCUCUGAGCAGCUAACAAGAUCCACCCUUGACUCUCUCCUUGCUGGGCAGGCUGCACACGACCUGCAGAUCAAGCAGCUGACGGAAAUGUUGAGCAGCUCCCGCCCCUUGGCGGGCCAGGUCUCAGUUUGCCAGCAGUGCCGCAAGGCAUAUCCAGGAAAGAGGAAGGGUGAGAAAACUCCAAAGGAGACCUCUGCUGAGCUGCAUGGUGUCCGAGACAUCAUGCAUUCACAUAGGUUCAAUGGAACUGUGAAUUCAAAGCUCUCCAGGGACCAGCCACCAAUCAGAGUCUGCGAGAAGUGUGGUAAGCAUCGACAAAAGAGACCAGCUGGCUCUGCAGGUGCUGACUUGCCGGGAAGAUCCCAUGGAAUUCCACAGCGAUGGACUCCAGGAGACUCCUCAGCAUCAUCCAACCGCAAUAAGAUGCCAGUGCUGUGGCUCCUUCCAGCAGACAAGAGCAAGACGCAGGAUGGAAUGGGGAAAUGGGCUCCCCGCAAGCAACCAAAGAUGGUGUCCGUUGCAACGAGUACAACAGGGCUUACGCAAGCUGGGGAGAAAGCAAGUUGGAGUCCUGACGGUUCUCCCUCAAAGUCACCAAAGGCCUCCAGAGCUAGGACACCAUCCCCUUCAAGGAGCAAAGUUCUCCAAAAGAUGUUCAUGUGCCUGAAGCAAACCUUCAGCAAGCUGCAACACAAAGUGAAGUCCCGAAUCUCCAAGGACCCUCGAUCCAGAACACCUGACACUAAAUUUUCAAAGCCACCCUUUUGGAAGGCAAGGGCCUCCAAGGGUGUACGGUUUCCAUACUACUGAAUCCCACCCUGCCAGCAUGCCCACUAACAGCAGGGGCCCACAAAUUCCAACCUCUCCCUAUCAUCCAGUGGGCCUGGUAAGCAUGGGCUAAAGUGGCUGAGAAGAAUGGCUUGUUGUCCUGGGACACAGAGACUGAUGUAUACGUGACUCCUCUUGGGGUAUGACAUUUAAACCCAGAUUCCAAGAUGAAGGGGGGCCUGGGAGCUUGGAUGAGAUUGAGCGUGUGGCUAGCUCACUGGAUUUAUUACUUUACUUCAUGCGGUUCAAGAAUCAAUCCUUCCUUCAAGAAGAGCUGAUACUAAAUUUACAAAGCCACCCUUUUGGAAGGCAAGGGCCUCUAAGUGUGUCCAGUAGUACUAUUAGGGCCCUACCAUCAAUCAAACACAAACCGGCACUUUGACUUCUAAAACCCAGCCCCUUGACCCCUUAAACCCCGCCCACCUAUCACCAGAAGUCCCACCCACAGGGUAUUACUUCCAGGGUCAAGGAGGACACAUUACCGGAAGCAAAGUAUGUCAUGUGACCCCUCUAAGAACUCCUCCCACUGCCCUCUACCAAUCAGGAGAGGUUUCGCCCUCAUAGGCCUACCCGGAGAGGGGAUUUGACCAAUCAGGGGUGUUCCAGGGUGGGGUGACCCAUCCGGAUGUGGCUCGUGUGACCCCUCUAAGAACUCCUCCCACUGCACUCUACCAAUCGCGAUGGGUUUUGGCCCCAUAGGACCACCCUGAGAGCAGAUUUGACCAAUCGGUGGUGUUCUGGGACAGGGUGACCUGUCCAGAUGAGGGUCAUGUGACCCUUCUAAGAACUCCUCCCAGCGCCCUCUGCCAAUCAGAGCGCAACACUAUCACCCCAUAAGUCCCAGCACCGGGGCAGAAGGGGCCAUCUUUUACCAAGGACGCGUGCUUUAGAUAUCGUGGAAGCAUGGACUCCUUCACCACCCCUGGUGAGAACUUCAGACU